CUGACGUGGUAAUUAUUUCAAUUCCAAUCUCAACAUCAAGUGGAAUGGAUAGCAUUUUCGGUUGUUAAGACUUCUCAGUCCAAAAUGAAUUAUCUUGUUUCUUUUAAAGUGUGUUUAAUUUAAUUCGAAAUACUUUAAAAAUAUGUGAAUGUUGGGACGUAUGGUUAGUGUGUGCGCACGUGUGUGUGUGUGUGCCAAGUUACAAGUGACUGAAGAAGUGUCUGACUGUGUGACGGGCAAGUUGAGGCAGAGGUGAAGGUGUGGCGGCAGUCUUGAGGAGGAGUCCUCUUCGUGCCAUUCAGUGGUACACUUGGUGGAAGUUUCCUGGACGACUGUCUUCAAUCCGUGAAGACUCUUCCCUUAAUGUCAAAGGGCAUGCCAGUGUUGUAGGAGGAGACUGACAGACGAACAUAGGGAUCUGGAGGAGGCAACAGCAGCAGGACCGUCGCAGGUUCAAACUCCGCUUUCUUUUGGAGACCUGAAAAGAGAAUUUCUGGAUCCGGAACUUUCAGUUCACUUUCAGAUUUGCCCAUGGGAAGUAAACGAUACUAACGAGCUGCCAUGAAGAUACUCAAUACUCAAUAACUUGCGGACGAAGAGGUACAAACUUAAUGAAGCAUAUUAAGCUGCGGCGCUGAAGUCUGAAUAUAAGCCUACUAUUCCCAGAGCUGAGCAAAGUGCUUCCUUCCCAGCCCACUUCUUAUACUACGAUCAUGCGUAGAUUCGGUUCUGAGGGAUCUCUCCUGGAGAUUGACUUCCUGCCGUGGAAGAGGGUGGCAUUGAAAAAGCCAGAUUAUGGUGCGAACCAACUGUCUGGCAUCUACACAAUUCAAUCAGUGGACGAUGAACUGGAUGGAAUGGCUCCCCCCACCAUCGUAGAGCCUGGAGCAAGUUCCGGCGAGACUGGGAGGAAUGAGCUGACCAGGAAGCUCAGCGUCAGUGCAGAAAACAUUACCGAACUGGGGAAACUAGACAAGAGCCACCUCGGAGUGUGUGACAUCAGUGAAGGCUGCCGGGCUUACAGUGACAGCCAGCUGGCCCCCGUUGCCAAGGGCAGCACUGAGAGUGUGGAGAGAGAUGACCUGUCUCCAUCGUCUUCCUCCAAUGCCUUUAAAUCCCAGCACAGGAUCCACAGACCCAAACUGUCAGCUGCUAAACUACACCUCAAGAGUCUGUUUGGACAGAGUCCUCAUUCCUCAAAUUCGAACCUGUCCAAUACUGAACAGAAUGUCAGUGCUACAGAGAGAAGAUCUCGCCUCCUCUUCAUGCGUCAGUGGAGCCAGGUGGGCCACAGUAAGAAGAGGAACAUCAGUCUUGAUGAGCUGAAAAAGUGGGCGAAGUCCUUGAAUGACUUAUUGGCUAGCCAAACUGGUGUUUCAGUGUUUGGAGCAUUCCUACGCUCUGAGUUCAGCGAGGAGAACCUGCAGUUCUAUCUGGCCUGUGAGCAGUACAGACAUUCGUCCAACAACUUCAGCCUGCAGAGGAGGGCAAAAGACAUCUGUGCCACCUACAUCGAACCAGGCUCUCCCCGGGAGGUGAACCUGGACAGUAAGACCAGAGACCUGACCAUCCAGCUGCUGCAGGCUCCCUCUCGCACUUCUCUGUCCCAUGCACAGAAACGCAUCUACUCACUGCUGGACACCGACUGUUAUCCCCGCUUCCUCCAGUCCAACAUCUACCUCUCCUUACUUCGAGAGGCUGUCUAGAAGCCACACACCUGCACUCAGGAGGAGGAACAUUGGCUCAGUGGUUUCCAGGACUUCCAGGAUUAUUUAAACAUUGUGAAUUGUAAAGUGAAAUGUGUAUUCAAAAGAUAGAGCUGCUGUGUAGACAGUGUGUGUAAAACUAUAUCUCCAGCAAAUGUCGGUGCCAGUUGGAUACCAUUUGUAGGAACAUAAGGCACUAACAAAAAUUGUGAAAAUGCGCUAUAUUUAAGGCGGGGCAUGAAUUGAGCAUAGAAAUAGGUUAAGAAAUACACCAACACUGCUUUAGCCAAAUGAUGUCAUCUCAGUGAAGUUCACACCUGUACAUAUUAUACAUAUGACCACUCAGUCAAAGCCAGCCAUAAGCAUAAUAGUUCAAAUACUGCCAGGAAUCUUACUUUUUAACUUCACAUGACCACCGUUUUAUUAAAAUAUAUCUUCUAAAAGAUAAAGUAAAAAAGCUAAUUUUGUCUUUUGGUUUUCGCAAAGUGAUCUGAUUAACAAUGAAAAAAAAAAUAAAGAUUGGAAGUUUCAUUAUUUAUUAUGCAUAAUCAUAAGAUUGUUUUUAGCUUUUUACAGCUUACUUUUUAGCUUACUUACAUUUAUGCAAUGUUUUCCCAAAAGCCUGUUACAAAAGGGAUGAUAGCAUCAAUGGGAUAAUCCAGAAAAUCUGUGCAAACCCUCACCACACAUUAUUUGUGUUAAGAAAUAACUGAAACUUGUAUUGAAUCUUUUCCUAAACUUAUACAAGUUAAACAUGGGAUGUCAUGUACUAAACAUUGUGUAUUGUUAGUCCAUGUUUACAGUUAGGUUAACAUUCACCCAUCUUUAUGUUCCGUUAACUACAUCUGGCCUCAAUUUCCAUACUUAAUGCUCAACUAUGUAGGCCUUUGAUAAUAUGACAAUGCAUACACAAGGCAGGUUUCUUUCCUUUACUUUCCAUGAGCUGUGACACUGGGCAGUUCUUGUUUUAAUCAUUAAACCCUAUUCUCCCCCUGGCCCAGAACACAGAGUUUCCUCUGCUGUCGUAAAAGGAAAAAGAAGUUCAGCAAGAACGAGCUCUUAGCUGAAAAGGUCAAAGUAGUCUGGUGUAUGAGUUACAUGGUGAAGGUGGAAGCAAGAAUAAAUUCCCACUGACGGAUACAAAUGACUUCAUGCCUACAGGUCUUCAACAAAGAAACUGGACACAUGCAAUAGAUUUACAAAAUGUUUUUCUUAGUUUGCUCAUCAAGUACCGUUUAUUGAAUACUGUCCUUUUAGAGAAUAAAAACCUCAAAUACUGAGUAUUGUAAAGGAACAGAAUGUGUUUGACAGGCAAUGAAACCAUUUGGAGACAAAUAAAUAAAAUCCUGUUUUGUA